AAAAAAAAAAAAAAUAGGAACGAUGGGCUGCCUAACGCUUGCUUCAGGAGGAUGGGUAGCAAACCUGAUCGUGUAUUUGAUUCAAGAGUUCAACUUUAAGAGCAUAAGUGCCGCUAAAGUUUACAACUUUGUCAACGGAAGCAUUACUAUGCUUCCUAUUGUAGGUGCCGUCAUAGCCGACUCCUUCACCGGCUGCUUCUCAGUCAUUUGCUUCUCAUCUCUCAUCUCACUCCUCAAUAUGCAGGGCAUGCUAGUUCUUGUCCUAACAGCAGCAGUUGACCACUUGAGACCCCAAACUUGCAAAAAUGGAUCAAAUUCUUGCCACUACCCCUCUCAACUCCAGCUGGCAGUUCUGUAUCUUGGGCUUGCUCUGGCUUCUCUUGGGAAUGCGGGCACACGCUUCACAAUUGGCCCAAUGGGGGCCCACCAAUUCAAGACCCCCGGCCAGCAAGGGAUUUUCUUUAAUUGGUACAUUUUCACAAUGUACACGGCCACAAUCAUAAGCUCCACGGCCAUUGUUUAUGUUGAGGACAACGUGAGCUGGGUUUGGGGGUUUGGCCUAUGUGCUGCUGCUAAUCUAUUCGGUUUGGUUGUUUUCUUGAUUGGCAAGAGAUUCUACCGCCCUUUUAAAGCUCACGGGAGCCCUUUCAGGGCUCUAGCUCGCGUGCUGGUUGGUGCUGUUAGUAAAAGGGGAAUGGUCCUAUCAGACGAUAGCAAGGAUUAUUAUUGUUGCCACCACCAGGACCCUAAGACUCCCACAAAUUUCUUCAGAUUCUUAAACCGCGCAGCACUCAGAAGCGGCGAAACAAAAGACGGAAUGCAGGCACAGCAAAAAGCUUCAUGUACCGUGAAAGACGUCGAGAAUCUCAAAUCACUUAUCAAAAUCUUCCCCCUUUGGUCCACAGGCCUAUUUCUGUGCACCCCACUCGCCAUCCAGCUCAGCCUCUCCGUCAUCCAGGCCCUCUCCAUGGACCGCCGCCUCGCUGGAUCCCACUUCCGGGUUCCAGCUGGCUCCAUGCCUGUCUUCAUCCUCAUAUCCACCUCACUCUCCAUCCUCGUCAUCGACCGUGCCAAAAUUACCAAAACGCCCCUCACCCUCCUCCGGCGGAUCGGGAUUGGCCACGCUCUCACAGUGGCCAGCAUGGCCAUCUCGGCACUCGUCGAGUCUAAGAGGCUGACAGCUGGCGGGCCCAUCUCUGCCAUGUGGCUCGUCCCACAGCUGGCGGUGGCUGGCCUUGGGGAGGCUUUUCAUUUUCCGGGACAGGUGUCACUUUACUAUAGGGAGUUUCCGGAGGAGCUCAAGAGCACGUCAACUGCGGCUGUUGCCAUGUUUAUCGGGAUUGCGUUUUACGUGAGUAAUGGGAUUAUUGAUUUGUUGCGGAAGCUGACUGUGUGGCUGCCGGACGAUAUAAAUGAAGGGAGGUUGGAUAAUGUGUACUGGGUUUGUUGUGCUGUGGGGGGAUUGAAUUUGGGUUGCUAUAUUGUCUGUGCCAUGUUGUAUAAGUAUCAAAACGUUGAAGAAUCUGAUGAUGGUUGUGGGGAAAGUUGAUGAUGAAUACAU